AUUUACGAUCCGUAACACUGAUAAUUCCAGCAUUUUGUCACGACAGCCAAGGAAGAGUCUGUCGUUUCACUUACCAUACAUACCUCUUCAAAAAAAGCCAAAAAAGACAUGAAGUUCCACGAUUUCCUCUCCCUCUCGCUUCUCCCCCUCUCCCUCUCCUCCGCAAAAUUAUGUCCCAUGCCCUACAACUCCUCCCCCCUCAUCGACGACUCCCCUGCCAUCACCACAGCCGUUACAUCCUGCGGUGCCAAUUCUACCAUCCUCUUCCAACCAAACGUCACAUAUAAUCUUCUCACGCCGCUCAGUUUUCGCAAUCUCGACAGCGUCACUUUUUCCUUUGAGGGUAAUGUUAGUUUGAGUGAUAAUGUGACGGCGGUACAACUCGUGGUUAAUAAUACGAACACGUACCCCGGGAGGUGGAUUAAGAUUCAAGGGACGAAUAUUACGUUUCAGGGGUCGGAGAGCAAGGAUGGGGGCUGGUUUCUGGCCCAUGGGGAGAGGUGGUGGUCGAUGCAGGGGGAUUCGUCGCAGGGGGGUAGACCGCAUUGGUUUGGGUUUACGGUUACGUGUGUUUUCACCUUUUUUGGGCUGUUCUUUUUGUUUGUUAGGAGAGCGAUUUGACUGACUGAUUUUUUAUGGAAAGUGGCCUGAAGAUUUCUAAUAUUAAGGUUCUCAAUCCUGUGGCCUGGGUGUUCAGCAUCGGUGGGAGUGAUGUGGAGAUGAGGAAUGUGUUGAUUGAUGCGAGGAGUACUGAUGGGUUUCCUUUCAACACUGGUAUGUACCUCCUCACAUUCGAAUUGAUCCAAAAAGGAAUUAUGAGAGCAUGGAAUAUUAAACAAGCAACCUAGAUGGAAUUGAUCUCUCCGCCUCCAACGUCCUAAUCGACGGCCUAGAAGUCCACAACGGCGACGAUGUAAUCAACGUCUCACCUCCCGCUGCAAACGUCACCGUUCGCAACGUCAUCGCUUCUGGCACUCACGGUCUUUCCGUAUCCUGCUCUGGAAAUUCAGGCGGUAACUAUACGUUUGAGAAUGCGUAUAUCUAUGAUAGUUUAAUGGCUGCUAGAUUCAAGGGCGCAAUAGGCAAGACGUGUAAUAUAAGUGACGUGACGUGGAAAAACAUCGAGGUGAAGAACGUCAGUUUCCCAAUCCAUUUUAUCGCGGAUUAUUAUGAUCAGGAGAAGGGAAUUCCGGCUGGAACUAAUACAAGUAUUUCCGCCCUUGCGAGUCGCUUUUCCUGGCAGGGAAUUAAUGGGAGUGUGGCUGCUGUGGUGGGUGAUGGUACUUGUGUUACUGAUCCGUGUUGGUAUGCUACUACUGGUGAGUUUUUCUCUUUUGUUAUUUCCUUUGAAAUAGGGGUUCGGGUGCGGAGUUGUAUUGGUGAAGUGCAUUGUUAAUUAUUAACCCCGGAAUAGGUGAAUCGCCAAAUAAUGGCAUGUAUCUACUUUGUCAUGAUCAUGCUCAUUGUGAAGACUUCCACUUUGAAGGUAUUGAUUUAACUACCGCCGUAAGUCAACCCUUUUUUCUACACAGAUAAUAGUGUGCUAAUGAAUGACGUGUAUUAGAAAGGAGCUCCGGCGGGAGAAAUUUGUACCGGCUUGGAAGGUGUAGAGGAUAUGGGGAUUAGUUGUGUAAAUGGGACGAUUCCGGCGAAUUGAUUUAGAUGAUCUAGAUGAUGUAGAUGGAUGAUGGUAGAUAUUUCAACGAAUAUCUUGUGAGAAUAGAUGGAAUAUUGUUCUUGUCAAUAGUUAGUUUCUUGAUGGUCAAAUAUUAUCUAUGUAGGUAUGAAUAGAUAUUACUUUCUAGAUUAGAUGAUAUGUCUAGAAAUUAGAAAUUCCUACACGGAGCGG